AUGGGCCAGGAAAAUAACGUUAGGGAUACUAGUGGCCCAAAAGGUGGACGGAUGCUCCAAACUGACACAAAAGGCAAAUCACAAACAGAGGAAGAAAUCAAAGAGUUGGUGAAGCCAUCAAAGCAGAUGGAGGUUGUUGAUGAGGCCACGGCAGUUCACUUCCCAGAGGAAAUACUUGGGGACAUCCUCAGCAGGUUAACUGUGCGGUCUCUUCUUCGUUUCGAAUGUGUUUCAAAAUUUUGGAAUACAUUGAUAUCUAAGCCUUACUUUAAGACGAAGCAUCUCAAUCAUGCCAAGAAUGACCAAAAUUCCCAAAAGUUUCUUAUUUGCCAAAAGUGCCCUAAGGAUCGUAUAUUUUCCAUGUGUUGUUGUCCUUUAUCCUCGGUUCAACUGGUUGAGGAUGUACAGAAACUUGAUUGCCCUUCAAACUCUAGACCAGGGUACUGCGAAAUCAAUUGUUUUUGCAAUGGCUUGGCUAUUAUCACGGUUGAUAAUAUUUUAGAUGCAACACGCAUACUUUUGCUGUGGAACCCCUCCACAAGAGAAUCAAUCGUACUUCCAAAUCCACAGUUUUCAGCAGAGGAAUUUUCUUGUUUUGGAUUGGCAUAUGACUCAACUAGUGGCGACUAUAAGAUCCUUAUUAUUCACGAUAUCGAAUAUCAUGGUGGUUUCCGACUGCCUAGUGAAAUUCUGGCAUUGAAAAGUGGUCUCUGGAGAAAAAUUGAUAAACAUCCUUGUGGCAGUCACAAUGUGUUGUCUGGUAUGCAUUCUUUGGCAUUUGUACACGAGGCAUUUCAUUGGAUCGGAAAAACAAAAGGAAAUUAUUUUGUGGUUUCAUUUGGUAUUUCAAAUGAAGUGUACGGAGAAAUACCUUUACCUUUGGAAAUAUGCUUGCUGAGCGACAUCAAUGUUGGCGUUUCGGUAUUGGAAGGAAUGCUUUGUGCUUAUUCUACUUACGAGUCUCAUCAGGGGGAGGGAACUUUUAAGUUAUGGGUAAUGAAAGACUAUCACAUCAAGGAAUCUUGGAAUGCAUUGUUUACUAUAAGAAUUUCCGAGAUUUAUGUAGCUGUUCUGAAGUAUAGGUUUGCAGAUGGUGAGUUGUUAUUCUGGUGCAUACACUAUCAAUGUGGGACUAACGUAUUUAGGACAUCCAGAGAACCAUCUGUAUUAUGGCCUCGAGGUGGUGGUCAGAAGGGAUUUGCUUUUACGGAAAGCUUGAUCUCUCCAAAGUUACUUACUUAGUAUUUGCUUAUGUAUGAUGGGGCACUUUCUCUUUUUUCAGUUAUCAUGCUACAACCUCUUAUUCUUAUUAGUUUAUCUUUUGCUCGCCAGUUUUUUGGUUUCAAUUCAUGUUCUCAUAGAAACAACAGGAGCUUUGUCUUAGCUAAGAAAGAAGUGGUUAAACCCCCUUCUUGCUUACCUAUUAUUCUUUGUCUAGUCUUAUAUGCUAAUUGCUAGAACUAUUGCACUGCUUAUUCUUCAGUUGUAGUUUUAGUGGAACAACCUUCUAGCUGGAUUGAUAAUUAAUAUUCUGAAUCAA